AGCAGCCCCGCAUAAAUUUUCGAAAUGGCGGACAUUGCUAAGGAUCAAUUGCAGAAUGUCGACGAAAGCGUUGAUAAAGAGGAAGAAGACGUUGUAGAGGAAGAGCAUGCCAACGGAGAAGUUAAAAAGAAGAAGAAGAAGAAGAAGAAGAAGAAGGGAAAGACAGAAGCAAAUGAAAAUUGUAACGGACUAGAAGAAGGUGUAGAAAAUCUUACUAUUCAAGGCGAAAAUCAAGAAGAUGCAACAGAUGGUGCAGCUGCGUCGUCAUCUAACCCAAAAAAGAAGAAGAAGAAGAAGAAGGGAUCGGUUAAAACUCAGACAGAUCCCCCAACGAUCCCAAUAAGGGAAAUCUUCAAAGAUAAUCAGUAUCCUAUUGGAGAAAUCCAGGAUUACCCAAUUCCAAACGACGUAACUUGGGGGAAAAAUAGAUUCACUUCUGAAGAGAAGAAAACUUUGGAAUUAGUAGAUAGCGAAAUUUACAAUGAUUUACGACACGCCGCUGAAGUUCAUAGGCAGACGAGACAAUAUAUGCAAAAAUUUAUCAAACCUGGAUUAUCAAUGAUAAAAAUUUGUGAGGAACUUGAAGAGACAGCAAGAAGACUUAUAGUAGAAAACAAAUUGGAGGCUGGAUUGGCCUUUCCAACUGGUGUUUCUAUAAAUAACUGUGCUGCCCAUUAUACCCCAAAUGCUGGUGAUCCGACUGUCUUAACAUAUGACGAUGUAAUGAAGGUUGACUUUGGAACACAUAUUGGUGGUCGAAUCAUUGAUAGUGCCUUUACUGUGGCAUUUAAUCCCAAAUAUGACAAUUUGUUGAAAGCUGUAAAAGAUGCUACAAAUACUGGAGUAAAGGAAGCUGGUAUUGACGUUAGAUUAUGUGAUGUUGGUGCUGCUAUUCAAGAAGUUAUGGAGAGCUAUGAACUUGAAUUAAAUGGAAAAACCUAUCCUAUAAAAUCUAUAAGAAAUCUGAACGGUCAUUCAAUUUCACACUAUCGAGUACAUGCAGGCAAAACAGUUCCUAUAGUAAAGAGAGGUGAAGCUACUCGAAUGGAGGAAGGCGAGUUUUACGCUAUUGAAACGUUUGGUUCCACUGGUAAAGGACAGGUUCACGAUGAUAUGGAAUGUUCUCAUUACAUGAAAAACUUUGAUAUUGGUCACGUUCCUCUGCGAUUGUCGAAGUCAAAACAACUGCUUAACAUCAUAAACGAGAAUUUUGGAACUUUAGCGUUCUGUAGACGGUGGCUAGACCGUCUAGGCCAGACUAAGUAUUUAAUGGCUCUGAAAAAUUUGUGUGACGCAGGUGUGGUUGAUCCCUAUCCUCCAUUGUGUGACAUUAAAGGUUCGUAUACAGCUCAAUACGAACACACCAUUAUCCUCAGACCAACUUGUAAAGAAGUAGUUAGCAGAGGAGAUGAUUAUUAA